GAAGAACAUCGUCGACAUAAGACAAGGAAGCGCAUUAGAGACAGAACACAACACGCUUUUGCUUUCGCAAUAGAAACACCCACUUUCCUCGAAACUUCAGAAACCAGUUCAGAAGAUGAAACGACGAAGAACCUUUUAAAAAAAAGCUUCUCAUCUUUAAAUCCCGGAUCUACCCUUCUCUGGUUUCACUCGUUUACCCUCUCUCCGAAAUCUCCGGUUCCCGAUCGGUGAAUGAUGUAUUGAAGCGUGGGAGAGAUGUUGUGCUUGAAGGGUUCGGUUAGACAGAAGGAGAAACCCGGUUUGCUUCCGGUUUACUUGAAUGUCUACGAUCUAACUCCCUUGAAUGCUUAUGGUUACUGGCUCGGACUCGGUGUCUUUCAUUCUGGUGUUGAAGUUCAUGGAGUUGAAUAUGCAUUUGGAGCACAUGAGGCUCCAAGCACAGGGAUCUUUGAAGUGGAGCCAAAGAAGUGUCCUGGUUUCACGUUUAGGAAAUCGAUUCUCGUUGGGAAAACAGACAUGGCUGCUAAAGAAGUCAGAGUCUUUAUGGAGAAACUAGCUGAAGAGUAUAGAGGAAACAAGUAUAAUCUCAUCUCAAGGAACUGCAACCAUUUUUGCAAUGAAGUUUGUGUUAAACUUACUCAGAAACCUAUCCCUAGAUGGGUUAACCGACUUGCUCGCUUAGGGGUUCUAUGUAACUGUGUGUUACCACCACGCUUCAACGAGACAAAAGUGAGGCGAGUGGUAAAAGGAGAACUUUCAGAAGAAGAGAAGAAGAAAAGGAGAAACCGGUCUCGAUCAGGUCCUUUACUCUCUACUUCUUCGUCUUCUUCUACACCUGAUAGUCAUCGUUCGCAUAUUCGAGCUAAAUCAACUGGUAACAAUACUUGUUCUUCUUCGUCUACUUCGGGUUCUAAGAAAAGUAAAAAACAUUGUGCUGCACCGACUGCACCUAGAGCUCCAGACCAGAAGUCGCCGAGCGUAAGCGGCAAGACUUGAUUCUUAUCAUCAUUAUUUGAAAAAUUAAUUAUUGUCUAUGAAGAGGACAAAAGAAACAGAGGAAAAUGCCAAGCAAAGUAUCAAUCAUACAUGGGCAUGCUCGUGCUUUGUUCUGAAGUCAUUAUGGACCUUUUGGGUGUAGGUCACUUUUCUUGGUACAAUUACUUAUAGAGGAGAGAUGUUAUGAGAAAUGUACAAAAAGAAAAUGAAUUAUAUAUUUGUAUGUUUUUAUCUCUCAUUUCAAUGUACUAAAGUUCCUAAGCACAUUGUCUUCAUGGUAGUGUUUUUGUAUCCCUAGCGUGGAUGAAUGAAAUGAUAAUGGAAUGUUUAAGUUGGC